AUGGCGGGGCUGCUGCAGGCCCUGGUGGGUGCCUCGGAGAAGGCGGCGCACAUCGCCCGGCUGUGCCGGCGAGAAGAGCCCCUCUUCCAGCUGCUGGUGGCCGAGAAGACGGGGGCCGACAGGAACAGGAGGUUCCUGCAGGACUUCAAGACGCUGGCGGACGUCCUCAUCCAGGAGGUCAUCAAGCACGACCUGGGGAAGGAGUUCCCUGAGCUGCGGGGCCACAUCCAUGGCGAGGAGUCCAACGAGUUCAAGAACGGGCAGGGGGAGACGGUGGCGGUGCGGGUCUGCGCCACGCCGGGAGACACCGCGGCCCUGCUGCUCUCCGUGCUGGAGCCCGAGCAGGCGGCCGCAGAGCUGCUGGCGGCCGCCGUGCACCGGGACGUGGCGCUGGAGGAUGUGGAGUUGGCCGGCGUGGCGCUCAGCAUCCCCCCUCAGGACCUGGCCAUCUGGAUAGACCCCAUCGACUCCACCAAUGAGUACAUCGGCGGGCGCGAGGACGUGGCCCCCGUCGACGGCAUCGCCCCGGCGGGGCUGUGCUCGGCGCUGGUGCUCAUCGGGGCCUACGACCGGCAGACGGGCUGCCCCGUGCUGGGCGUCAUCAACGAGCCCUUCUUCCGCCGGGACCCCCUGACCCGCAGGUGGCAGGGGAGGUACCACUGGGGCGUCGCGUACGGGGACACGCGGCUGUGCUCGCUGAGCCCCCCGCCGCCGCGCCCCGUGCCCUGCGUGGUGCUGAGCCGAGCAGAGGGGGGAGCGGUGCGGGCGGCCUUGGGCCCCCUCUGCAGUGACCGCCUGCGCUUCGCCGCCGGUGCCGGCUACAAGAUGCUCUGCGUCAUCCUGGGACUGGCGGACUCCUAUGUCCUCUCCGAGGGCAGCACCUUCGCCUGGGACGCCUGUGCCCCCCACGCCAUCCUGCGGGCCCUGGGCGGGGGUGUCGUGGCCCUGGCGGGGGCCCUGCGAGAGCGGCGAGCGGGUGACACCAGGUCCCCCCCCGAGCUGGUCUACAACCGCCCGGUGGAGGGGGUGGUGGGGGCUGAGUGCUGGGCAAACUGGGGUGGCCUCGUGGCCUAUGCCCACCCCCAGCACUUGGAGGCCGUGCUGGCUGCGCUGGCCGCCGUGCCGGGGCUCUGA